CACUUCUCAUCCCAUCAACUUUUUCUCAAUGGCAAAAGGAGCUCUGCACAUGUCGACGGGGCGAUGUUUCUGGCCCAUCUCCAAAUAAGUUGAUACAAUGGUCUCAACACGCUCAACUAAGAGGCGCUCCCGCAGCCCUGUCGCAAAGACAGUUGAGAGUCGCCCGACCAAAGUCGCUCGAAAGCGGAAACAGGCCUCAAAAAGGCCGGUCAAAUCAUUCAAGGAUGUGAAGGCCGUCCUACUAGAUAUAGAGGGCACCAUAUGCCCAAUAACAUUCGUUAAAGAUACUCUGUUCCCAUACGCCCUGAAAGCGCUCCCCGAUGUCCUCGCAUCCAAAUGGGACGACCCGACUUUCGUAUCCUACCGUGACGCCUUCCCCGAACCAGCAGCCUCAUCACCUGAAGCAUUCGAAGCCCACGUCAGAGAUCUUACUGAGCGGGAUGUAAAGAUUGCGUAUUUGAAGAAUUUACAAGGCUACCUAUGGGAGAACGGAUAUCAGACCCAUGUCUAUUCGACGCCAGUAUACCCUGAUGUAUUGAGCUUUCUGGAGAUGUGGUCUUCGCCCACCACGUCCGGGGUGGGCAACGACGCUAGCAAAGAGAUAUCUAUCUACAGUAGCGGCUCAAUCUUCGCGCAAAAGCUCUUGUUCCAACACAUCAAAGACCCUUCUUCGCCCGACGAUCCCGAGGCUGUUCUGGACAAACGUGACAUUAUCAAAGCGUGGUUUGAUACGACGAACGCGGGUCUCAAACAAGAGGCUAGCAGCUACGCGAAGAUUGCAGCAGAGCUCGGCAAAGACCCAAAGGAGAUCUUGUUCCUGAGUGAUAAUGUCAACGAGGUGCGUGCGGCAAUUCACGCGGGCAUGAAGGCGGCAGUGGUGGACAGGCCCGGAAACGCGCCCCUGUCUGACACAGAGAGGGAUGAAUUUGAAGUAUUGGAAAGCUUUGAGCAGAUUGAGCUGUGAGACCACGUGUAAGGGAAGGACAAGUCCUUCACUGGAAAGGAGCUCUCCGACAAUAGAGAAUGCGACGUACGAGCCUGGUCUUUGGAAUCUCCUCCAACCGAAUCAUUGAUCUCCUACCCGUUCACUGUCUUUCUCUAGAGUCGCCCUCGACCAAUUCCUCGAUAAAUCAUUCGCGUUGUUGCGGUCUACCUUCUUGACAUCGGCGCCUGGCAUCGUAACUGGAGGUUUGCUGAACCAGGUAGCAAGUGGCCUCUGUGGUCGAUCUGGCUGAACUCAAAUUGCAAGUUUACCGUCCUCCUAACUUGUGGUUUUACGGCUCAUCUUGUCUUUAACAGGUCCAUUCCCUUCCCAAAAGCC